AUGUUUAACAGAUCAAGAAACCUAUUACAAGGUGAAGCUACCAGAACUUUUUCAAAUAGAUAUGCAUAUGCAGCACUUGCAUCAACUCUUGCUAUUGCAUCAAUUGGUGGAACCACUUUAAUGGAAGAAGAAAAGAAUCCAACCAUUUUAAAACGUCAAAAGGAAGCAUUUGAUAAGUUUGCAACUGCUACAAUUGAAGGAGAAAGAUAUAUGACAGCAGAUGAUUUCUUAAAAUCAUUGACAGUACCAGAAAAAGAAGCACGUGGAGAUGAAUUGUUAAAGGCUACACUCGAUGCAGACAAGUUUAAGAUUCUCUUUCAAAUUGCCGACGUCGAUCACACUGGAUACAUCAGUUUUGAUGAAUACAAAACAUUUGAUGAAUUGAUGGCAAAACCUGAAGCUGAAUACUUUUUAGCUUUUAAAUUAUUUGAUAGAGAUGGAAAUGGAACUGUCUCCAAAAAUGAUUUCCAAAAUGUUGUAACAGCAUCAUUGGAUCCAUCAGUACCAUUUAAUUUUGAAUCAGAAUUGGUUAAUUUAUAUUUUGGAAAGGGUGGAAAGAGUGAAUUGAAUUAUUCACAAUUUACUCAAUUGUUGAAAGAUUUCCAACAGGAACGUAUCAAGCAAGAGUUUAACCAUUUCGACACGACCAAGACUGGAUACAUCCCAAAAGACAAGUUUGCCAAGAUUGUUAGCUCGGUCAAGCUUCGUCGUAUCCCCGACGACAUUCGUAACAAGUUGGAAUCGAUUGCCGAGCUCAACAAGGACACCCCACACGCCAACGAAGUGUCGUACCCACAGUUUGUAGCAUGUAACGACUUGCUCCUCCACAUUCCAUCGUAUGGUCGUGUGUUGCGUGCUGCCUGUACUCGUCGUGACAAGCAAGAUAUCACCAAAGAAGAGUUUUUACAAGAAGCUCGUAUCUCUACUAGCAUUGAAAUCACUCCAAUGGAAGUUGACCUUAUUUUCCAUUUCUUUGAUUUAAAUCGUGAUGGAAAGGUCAACUUGACCGAGUUUGAAAAGACUACUGGUAUUAGUACCGCCCCAACCAGUAUAUUGCCUACACCAUCAACCUCUUCUUCUAAUAGUCCAGCUACUAUUGUCGCACAGGCUGGUGUUGCACACUCCAAAGGAGUGAUGAAGCAACUUUGGGAGACUGUCGAAAACUUUGCUUUGGGAUCGGUUGCCGGUGCCAUUGGUGCCACUGCCGUCUACCCCAUCGAUCUCGUCAAGACACGUAUGCAAAACCAACGUGCUGUCGACCCAUCCCAACGAGUCUACCAAAACUCUUGGGACUGUUUUAAAAAGGUUGUUCGUAAUGAAGGUGUUGCCGGUCUCUACAGAGGUCUCGUUCCACAAUUGGUCGGUGUUGCUCCUGAAAAGGCUAUCAAGCUCACCGUCAACGACCUGCUCCGUAACCUCUUUGAAGACAAGAGCAAGGGAGAGAUUUACUUGCCACUCGAAGUAUUGGCCGGUGGUGGUGCCGGUGCCUCGCAGGUGCUCUUUACCAACCCACUUGAAAUUGUAAAGAUCCGUCUCCAAGUACAGACCGCCGGCAAGGGAGCCAGCGCCAUCUCGAUUGUCCGUGAACUCGGUCUCACCGGUCUCUACAAGGGCGCUGGUGCCUGUCUCUUGCGUGAUAUCCCAUUCUCGGCCAUCUACUUCCCCGCCUAUGCCAAGAUGAAGACUGUCCUCGCCGACAAGGACGGUAACCUCGCUCCACGCCACCUCUUCCUCGCCGGUAUGGUCGCCGGUAUUCCAGCCGCCUCUCUUGUCACCCCGGCCGAUGUCAUCAAGACACGUCUCCAAGUAAAGGCCAAGACUGGCGAGCAAACCUACGAAGGUAUCCGUGACUGCGCCCAAAAGAUCUGGCGUGAAGAAGGUUUCCGUGCCUUUUUCAAGGGUUGUGUAGCCCGUGUCUUUAGAAGUUCCCCUCAAUUUGGUGUCACCCUUCUAUCCUACGAAAUGCUCCAAAAGCAUCUCCUCCCACACGCUCCAGCCCGUCCACCCACCUCUGCUCCCAUCUCUGAACGUGAUUGGAAAACUCUUCGUCGUACCUCUGCUCAAGAAAAAUUAACUGAAAUGGAAGAUAAAUUUGGUUCUUUUAAACAAUAA